UAUUUUGGACAUUACUUAUGGUUUGAAUGAAAAUUAUUUUUAUGUAAUGUUUUGAAUUGAGUGUCGAUUUGAUUGUGAAUUAAACUAUAGUUUUAAUCAAAUUAUAAAUGAUUUAUAAAUUAAUUUAUUAUAAUUUUAUCGUUUAAACUGAAAAUGACAUCAGUUUUGUCGGACAAACUGUCGUCCGGUCCCAAAGGGUUGGGAGAUCCAGAGGACAGGUCUUUGCGGAGAGUGGAGAAAGAGAUACUCAUCCCGAAGAUUAUGAGAGAUAAGGCGCGGACAGAGAAGUGCACCGAUUUUGUGAAGGCUUUCAACGAUUGUUGUAAAGAGAAUUCAAUUCUUCUGGUGCUUAAGUGUCGGACAGAAAACAGCCGAAUGAAGGCCUGUCUCACCGAUUGGUAUAAUAACCAACACUUCCGACACCAGUGCGAAGACAUCUAUUUGAACCAGAGGUCAGAGUACAGGCGCACCGGUAUUAAGGCUCAGACCAAACGCAUGGGUUGACACCAAUUACAUCACUAAAUAUCUGUCACUCAAUUCUUGUCAUAUAGUCUUUAAUUGAAUACAAUUAGCAUUAGUUUUAAGUAAUAGUACAUUAAUUUUACACAAAUAAAAAAACCAAAUAUAAAUAAUGAUAAUAAUAAUGGAUUACAAAAUAGUAUA